UGCAAAUGCUUCACCGUGCAUCAUGGACGCUUGCCAGCAGUGUGGGAGACUGGACACUAUGGUCGUGUUUCUACUGACAUGCGUGCUGAUAAUGCUGAUGGAGGGAUUUUGUUUCUGGAUUGUCAAACAAAUUUCACUGUCCUUUCUAAUUCCCUGGGUGAUGGCCUUGUGCUUAGGAAUACGACUUGGUAUGAAUACACAUGUAGUACACGCUCUAAAAACACCCUGGUUAAAAUUUUCCUAGUCAACCUACAAUCAUUUUCAAAUGUGUUGGGACAGACGCAGGGACGCCGGAACUGGGGGGGCAGGGGGGGGGGGCGGCUGCCCCCCUUGCCUUUUGCUAGGGGGGGCAGGGGGGGCAGAAGUGCCCUUUUAGUUGUAAAAUAAUACGUGAUAAAUCACAUUUCCAACGAUGCUUUUUGUAGGAAAAUCACGAGAUUCAGGUAAUUUAUAGUUUAUAUUUAUAAAAAAUUUGGGAAAUUUUUGGAAUUUAGAAAAAAAAUUUGAAGAAAUGGCGAAAAUUUAAGAUAUCCGGAAAAAUUUUUGGCUUCACGGAAAAUUUUUGUAUGUCCGGAAAAAAAUUUUGACCCCUAAAAUAGUACACUGACCGAAAUUUUUUUGGCGACGGGGGGGGGGUCGCCAAAAAAUUUUGCAGUGAAAAAGAAAUUUUCAGUAAAGGUGCCCUUGGUGUGCGUCCGCCCCCCUUUGCCCUAUUAUCGUUCCGGCGUCCCUGGACAGACGCCCGCCAGUUCAUAUUUUGACAAACUUCCACCUCCCCCCCCCCCUUUCAAUGUUGGGUCUCAGGUACCAUCUUACUUUCGGCUGUGUGCUCGGGUAAACAACAUUGAAUGGAGAGGGAGGGGGAGGAAGAUAUGUUUGUAAAAAUUUGCAUAUAUAUCCGCUGAUCAUCUAAACCGCAAGUAUCCUAACACUUUUGAAAAUGAUUGUAGAAAUAACCAUAUUUGGGCUAACUCAAUAUUCCUGGAUUUCCGUAUUGUUUUGACCUUUUCCCUAUACUAUAGUCUGGUUCAUUUAACCAGGACUUCCUUAAAGAGGCUGUCAAGUCCGUUCUGCUCAUACGUUCUGCGCAGGCUUACAUUCCAAUGGUCGGGACCCGACCGUUGGAAUUUAUUAAUAUUUCGUAUAUUUUGAACUUUCUUGAAUUGAAUCUCUAGUCUGUAUUCAUUUACAAGCAUAGCGAACCAGAAAGUGUCAAAAAUUUAGUAUAAUAUAUAUCUAAUCAUAUUUUACAACUGUAGCACUGAGUUCAAAAUGUAAACAAAGCGUUUGUUUACAUUACGGACUUGACAGCCUAUUUAAAGGCCGUUUUCCAGCAGGCGGAAUUUUGCGCGCGGAGCGGAAUUUUUCUUUGUCUUGUGAUUUCUCGGGUGGAACUAAUAGACCUUUCCCCUUAUAAGUGAAAUUUUGGUCUAUAUAUGCCUGGACAAAAAUUUCAUCACAGCUUGAAAGAGCAUCACACAAUUAGUAAUAUUCCGAAGUUUCGUUGCGAAAUGUUGUAAAAUGCGGAUAAUAUAGCCUUGCGAAGUUUGCCGUUUUUCAGUCAUUUUGUAUUACAAAUGGAAAUUGAUAAUCAAUUUGAUCAUCAACCUCGCAAGCAAGGGCCUAAUGACUGAAAAACGGCAAACUUCGCAAGGCUAUAUUAUCCGCAUUUUACAACAUUUCGCAACGAAACUUCGGAAUAUUACUAAUUUUGUGAUGCUCUUUCAAGCUGUGCUGAAAUUUUUGUCCAGACUUGUCUAGAUCAAAAUUUCACUCAAAAGGGGAAAGGUCUAUUAGAAAAGACAAAUGCUCAUGUUUUAUCUAGUACUUAUAAACUGAGUAGCAACGAAAUUAAACGUAUUAAUUUGUCAUUUUAUAUAGUACGAAAAAACAUGUUUGA